GCGAGAAGCGGCCGCCCGCUGCCACCGAGGGCGUGGUGCGCGGAGCCGGGCUGCCUCCCGGAGGCCGCGCCUGCCAUUGGCUUUCUCCUACAGCGGGAGGCUGGGCUAGGCAAGCCGGGAGGGGUGGGGGGCAGGGAAAGUUGCUGCCUGCGCCAUGCAGUUCCCACUCGGCCCGGGAGUUUGCGCGGGACUGGCGGAGCUGAAGCCCAGGCGCGAAACAGGGUGGCAAGACGUGAAAGAGAACUGCUCCAUUCCUAGGGCUGUUCCUACUUUUCCAAGUCCGCUGUGGCGUCUCAGCCUGGUUGCACGCGCGGAGACACUCGCACCUUCUCUCCAGGCUUCCUUUCUUUGCCUUUCUGCUUGACCCAAGAAGAUUGCUUUCAGAGGACUGGAACCAAAGAUCCUUUUGAGACGGAGACAGCCCAGGGAGCACCGCAGGAGAACAGUCCCUGACAAGAGGUGGUGAUGCUGGGGUGCUCUCUUUGGGGCUGUGCAUCCCCUGCGCUAAGUGGGGAGAGGCGAGGAGCUGGGGGGCUGGAGCUGUUACUCCUGCUGGUCCUUUCAGGCUGGGUUUGGGCACAGCAGCCACAACCGCAAAUUCUCCCUUGCCCUGCGCUAUGUGAGUGCUUCGAGACAGACCGAACAGUGAAGUGCAUCAACGACAACUUGACGGAGGUACCAUCUGAGCUGCCGCCUUUCGUGCAGGGACUCUUCCUCACCCAUAACAGCAUCAGCAACCUCUCUUCUGCCUCCUUCCUCUCCGCCUCCCUCUCGGAGCUCACCCUCCUCGACCUGAGGGGUAACCAGCUGGGCUGGGUGGGCGCGGAGACUUUUGCUGAGCUGCCCCACCUAAAGCAGUUGGACCUCAGCGACAAUUUGCUCACUUGGCUCAGCCCCAUGGCCCUGGGCAAUACCAGCAGCCCCUUGGAAGAACUGUACCUGAGUAGUUCCCUCUACAACAACAGUUUUGUGGUCCUUGUGGCUGAGCUGCUCCAGACGGGCACACUUCUCAACUUGAAGCACUUGGACCUGUCUGAUAACAAUUUGAUUUAUCUGCCGGCCAGGAUGUUCUCCGCACUGCCCAGUCUGGAGCACCUAGACGUGCGUAAUAACUCCCUGGUGAGUUUACGUAACGUGUUUCUGGGGAGCCUCCAACAGCUGCGCACCUUCGAUCUCGGCAGCAACGGUUUCAAGACCCUGAGGAACGACACCCUCCAGCAGCUCCAGGGCCUCCCUUUGCUGUCCCUCAAUCUCAGCGACAACCCCUGGGUUUGCGACUGCCACAUUGAGGACUUGGUGAACUGGCUGAAGGAGAGCAAGCAGGUCGAGGCUAAAGGGUCCCUCGAGUGCUCCUCUCCCCAGGAGUUGCAAGGACGCUCUUUGGUGAGCAUCAAUGUGUCCAAACUCGACUGCCCCCUUGUGAUCGAUGACCAGACCCCACUGCAGACUUCAUAUGUCUUCCUUGGGAUAGUCUUGGCUCUCAUUGGUGCCAUUUUCCUCCUGGUUUUAUAUUUGAACCGAAAGGGGAUCAAAAAGUGGAUGUAUAACAUCAGGGAUGCCUGUAGAGACCACAUGGAGGGCUAUCACUACAGUGAUUGAAUGAAUUCAACCAACAAAGAAAACAUCUCUGUGGGAGUAAAGAGAAUAAGGCUUGGUUCAAGAGAGUUUGUAAUUCCAACUUCCAUAUUUCACUCUUUAUGUACUGCAAAAGCAAGGUGGAACUUAAGUCCUUGGCAUGAAGUGGACAACAACCUGCUUGACUGAAACAGGGUCCUGUCAUUCUCAUGGACUCCCUUGUGCCUGCUGUGUGAUAGAUGAAAAACCCUACGGAUGGUUGUUUUUUUGGAAAUAUCUGUAACAUGGGCACUUGUGCAUUUUCCCCUCUUCACGUCUUAAAGUUGCACUGUAACUGCAAUUACAUACAGGGGAAAAAAUGGAAGUAAUUUUGCUUUAGGGAGAGUUUUAAAAAUGGGCUUUAUUUGGCUGACUGUGAAGAGAGUUCGAGAAAGAUUUUGAUUCUCUUUCAAUUCUCUUAACAUGGGGGAAGCAACCUGAUAUUCUCAAGAUAUAUUUGACAAUUCCUACAUUCCAGAGUGGAUGGGAGUUGAAGUUGAAAACAUCUAGAAAACACCAAGUUGCCUAUGGUUACUCUUAACAUUGGCAACUGUGAUGUGUGCAGUCUUCAAGCAAGCAGGCAACAUAGACUCAGGGAUAGAAGUAUUUGAGAAGCACCAUGGUUAUAUAUGUGUUCUGCCCGUUGGGUUUCAAGAAAGAUCUUUCAAACUUUGGGCAGUAUUGAUUUCCACAGCAUGAUUGUUCUUUUCAGUUAAAUAGCAGCUAAAAUCUAUCAGGGAAAAUGUUUGGUAAUCUUUGACAUCCUUCCCCCUUUCUAUCUCAGCACCUAUUAUCAUAGUGGCCCUUAUUAUUAUCCAUUAUGUAAAGUGACUCACAAAAAUACCAGUAGCCUGCCAUGAAAAGCUGCUCAUUCAAUUACUGACUUGCCUAUAUUCCUGCUUGCUAAAAUAAGCCUUCAUUUAUUUGAGUUUGGAUGCCUUUUUUUCCCCUUGAAUUACAAAUUUGAACUACAGGGAUCAAACUCAUGAAAGCAUAAGAAAUAUCUUUAGCUGGUUUCUGCAGAGUGUUAAGAAACAGAGGUUUGGGGAAGGAAUGAUUUUAUAUUAAGUAUUUGGGAAUUUACAGUAUUCAGACAAUCUGUUGGAAGGUUCUUAAAAAGGAGUUAUUCCGCUGAAAAAUUGCAUUUACCUAUAGGUUCAUGACUGCACUGGAUUGCUGGAUAGGAUUAAAAAACACUCAGAUCUAAAUCCUCAAUCGUCUAGUGAAAGAUUACUGGGAAGAAAGUAGCAGUAUUUAAGUAUUACCAGCUGCUCUUUAUUUUAUAUUGAAAAACACAUUAGGGAACAAGGGCUAUUAUUCUGUCCUAACCCAACAGAAUAUUUAAAUACAUCAAAUGUAGAAUAUCCUGAAUUCUGAGCACUGUCUAUUCUGAGACACUUUUGGCUUUGUGUUUAGUGGGGCUUAUUAAUGUGAAUGCUCAAAGGUUCAAGACUACAUAUAUUAUGGGGUCCUUGGUGCUCUCUGAGCUUGGUUGUUUUCAUUCAGAUAUUUCAUUACCAACUAGGUAACAUCAUCAGUGAUAGAAGUGAAUGGGGAUUUGCUCUCCGUUUAUAUACAGGUGAUUCUCUUCUAUUGGUACUGUAAAUAUUGGUCCAUAUAAUUUCUCCAUUUGAGCUGUGAUCCCCAUUUUGCACUGUCUAUCCAAGCCCCCACUAGAAUUUUUAUAGGGAACAUUUGCAAAAUAAACAAGGGACUCGCAAAAUGUAGGACUGUCAAUAUUUCAAAGUCAGAAUUUCGUGAGACCCAAGGAACAUAUGCAAUGAAUGCCACUGCACUCCUAUCAUGCUUGGGAUUUUCCCAUAAGUCUCUGUCAGCCCUUUUAAAAGUCAGGAUGCUCUAUUAGAUACAUAGAGGGCUGGACAAAUCCUUUAAAUGGAAUGCUUUGGAACAGGGGGAGCCCAUAGGCAACAUCAAAUCAUUAAAGCAACUGCUUUCAGCUGGAGAACAUCAAGAGCAGUUUCUGAAUAAAGAUGCAGCUGCUUUAACACGUGCUUACAUGUGUUCUGAGCAACCUCUUUUGAAUAAUUUGCAGAGUUCUGUUAAAAAGGCUUUUGACUGCUCCAAAGGGUUCUUUUCACAUGCUUUAAUUUAACAUUUCAUUCCUUGAAUUCGGUAGCCAAAUUUGUAUUCUUCAGAAAUAACGUUUGAAACAAGUGUAAUCCGGGUUUAGAAUAGGUUUAUUUAACUACUGGAACAUGAUCCAUCAAGAAACUGUUGAAGUGAAUAGGAGCUGCACAAACAGGAUUAUCUUCUUGUACAGUCCUUGAAGAGGAGAAUUGGCUUGUACCCAGAAUCCCUUUUAAGCUUUGCAAUGAUGGGAAUAGAUUGCUGGCAUGAGGAACAUUUGAGGUAUCCUUUUCUUACGUUUGCACUCCCUAGAAAUGAUGCAUGAAAAUGUACAUUCCGUGUCUGAAAAAUAACAAUGUUUAUAUCUAAUGCCAAUUACAUCCUUUAAAACUGCACAGAUUUCCAUCAUAUUCAUUUCGAAUGCAUAUGGCAUGCAGGAUUCAGUCAUAAUGGAACUACAAGUUAAGACAGCCUGACAGGCACUGAACUAACUUCUAUUUAAUCUUAAAUCUCCUAUAUAGUUUGCAGGUCAUGUAUUGUUUGAAUCAGACAUGUACUGUAUUAGCAUCUAAAAUGUUUGUUGUGGUGCAUGUAUCUCUUACCUGUUGGAGACAACUUUAUGUACUGGUCUAUGAAGUAAGUUUUAGAAGUAAAAUUGACAGUUGGCUAAA